AUGGCUGCUACCAUAUCCCCAUCAUCACCUAAUUACCAUGCCUCCAUAUCCAACACCACCAUCAACAACCUCUUUGAUGAUUCCCUCACCGAAAUCUUCUGCAAGCUCCCAUGCAAAUCCCUCUUCACAUGCAAGAGCGUCUCAAAGCGAUGGCUCACCCUCAUUUCCAACCCCAAUUUCCAUUCCUUAUUCCUCACUCACCAACACACCCUCUUCCAAAAAACGCAAGCCUUAGGAGAAGACCUUGAUCAACCCAGCUUCAUUCUAAAACCAUACAAUGCCUUAGUCAUAACACCAAAUUCACCCUCUCUCCAACUUGGGCCUCUCGAAAACCACCUAUCUCUAUCUUUCCUAGGCCCGAAUUUCGAACCCACCAACAUCGUACCUCAAUUACGUUCGGUCUUAAAAUUUGUUUUUGCAUGUUCCAAUGGUUUACUAGUGUAUGGAAACCCUCGUCCACGUCACAGAUGCAUAUACCACAUACGUAACCCACUCACAAAGGAUUCAUUGGAACUCCCUUGUGCUUUAACUCUUUGUGAUCACGCUGGGGUUCUCGUGGGUUUCACGUGCGACCCUUAUUACCAUCUUGAAACUGAUAAGACGAAAAACGCAAAGGUAUCUAUAUUUUCUGCUUCUCAGCGAAGGUUUAGGGUUGUUCGCAUUCCCGCGUUCAGCGACACGAGGUCUGCAUUCGACGUUGAGGUUUUUUACUCCGAGACAGGAAAAUGGAAGAACUUCCUCGUGUCGUGUCCCAAAGGGUUUGCGUGUGGGUUCUUUCUCACGGCGUCGAGCGUUGAACACGAGGGGAAGUUGUACUUCAUGGGUGGAGGGAGGGUUCUUGUUUACGACCCUUAUGAAAAUGAGCGUGUGGCUUCGGUGAUUGAACUUCCCCGUGGCUUUGGUGAAGCGUAUAGAGGGUGCCUUGGGGUUUCUUGUGGAACAUUGCAAUUAUCUGAGUUUCCUAUUUCACCCUCUAGUGCCUUUGAAGCGUAUAGUGGGAGAGUUUGGGAAUUGAAACAUUGUGGGAAAGGAGAAGAAACAACAACAACAACAACAACGUGGGAAUUGGUGCAUGAGUUUUGUCUCCCUGAGGUUGUUGGGCCAGGCUUUGAAGAGUUGAAGGCUAAUGAGAGCGAAAAUGUGAAAGGGUGUAGUAGGAUUCUUGCUUUUCAUCCAUAUGUUAGGGACACCGUGUUUUUGAAGUUUGGCGAUAACAUCAUUUGUUGCAAUUUGCUAACUCGUAGGUUUAAGGUUUCCAAAUACGGUGGUCUCUCCUUGCUUUUUUAUCCUGUGAUCCCAAUUGUGAUUCCUUGGUGGCCAACUCCUAUUCCUGCACUACCCUUGUAA